AUGAAGACGACCCGUCGUGGACGGCCAUUCGUCAAGGACACGCAUGACCUGUUCGCCACGCUGGUCGUUUCGCUCAAUCUCGACAACCACAGGUCGUUCUUCCGGACCUACCCCAACAGUUUCACUACCGACGAAGCAUGCUCCAACCUCUCGUCGCUCAAGUUUUCCCAGUCGAACCGCUCGGCCGACCCAAAGGACCCCUCACGCAUCAUCACGACGACGACAACGACGACGUUUUCCAUGUCUCGCGACAUGGCGCGCGGGGUCGGACAGCUGUUCAUUGAUGCUCAGCUGAUUGAAAACGCCACCGACAUUCCCUCAAAGAUAUUCAAGGAGCGUGGCGUCUUCAUGCUCACGGCCAAGGGUCUGCAUAUUCUCGAGCGUUUCAUCACAAAGAAUGGUAUUGCGGCCGACCACCUGUUGAGGGUAUUCGCCACACAGCCAAUCUGCAUGAAGCUGCACCACCUCGAACGCCGUACGCAAGACGACGAGAUUUUGAUCACUCGCAGUGUCAUGGAAGUGCUCUUCCGGCGAUUCAUUGGCCGCGAGCCCAACGUGUCAAAACUCAACGACGACGAGCUGCUAGGCCAGUUCCACUCCCGCCCGCACAACAAGGCACCGGCCCUUCCUCCAGGAGAAGAGUGUGACCGGACGCUUGGCAUGGUGCUCCGUCGCGUGUGGCUGCCACCUCCCGAGGGCAAGAAGAACCAGGUUGAAGAGUACCAGUUUAGCGCGUCGUCGGCCAUGGACUGGCUCAUCGACUUUACCACCAUUGUUGGUCUCGACGAGGCGGCCGAGGUUGCUGGACAGUUUGUCCGAUACGGAUACAUCUCGCUCGUGAGCGACAAGGGCAAGGUCAAGGAGGGCAACCUUGUCGUGACGGUCCGCGCAGGUGGCGCAGGUGGUGGCGCUGGAGCACAAAUGGUGGGUCUGUUCGCCGCGCGCGCCAAGACGCGCCCCGCGCGCCAGGCCGAGUUCCGUGCCACAGACCGCGCAAUCUACCGCGUCACCGAUCUCGGCGCCACCGUCGCCAAGUGGGGUGCCGACGAGCCUGCCCCAACAAAGCCGGCGACGGGCGCCUUCACGCGCAAGCCCAACACCAACAAGGCCGACCCGUUCGACGACGAGGCCGAGGCUCCGCCGCGCGGCGCGUCGCUUGCCCAGCCCGCAAUCGACAACAACCUCACGCGGCGUUCGAGCGUCUCGGACCGCCUUCGCACAGAUUACGCCGCUGCCGCCGACGAGGGGUCCAAGGACUCGCACACGGCCCGUCUCAAGCAGAUUCUCGAGGAGCCCGCCCUCCGAUCCCUGUUCCGAGAGUUCCUUCGCGCAAACUUCUGCGAAGAGAACCUCAGCUUCUGGCUCGAUGUCCAGGACUUUAAGCGCCGAUUCAACACGUCGUCAUCGGCGGCUGCGGCACCAGGUGCGCUCCCAACACAGCGCGGCCAGGGCCUCCAGGCCAUGGAGAAGCACCAGCAGGAUCUGAUUGCCAUGGCGUUUGUUAUCUACAACACCUACCUCGCCCCCGCGUCGCCAUGCGAGCUCAACAUUGAUCACCAGCUCCGCGGCGAGCUCAUCUCGUACAUGAACGAGAUUCUCGAGGACAAGGAUGCCGGCGCCAAGGCGCAGAUCCUCCCCGGCGUCGGCAACUCUCUGCACGCCAGUCAACUCCAGAACAUGGUGCGCCUGGACGAGCGCAUCCAGCAGUACAUCUUCCGCCUGAUGGCCACCGACUCGGUGCCCAAGUUCUGCAAAACCGAACGCUUCCUCACCCUCAUGCGGUCCGUGUUCGACUACACGGCCACGGCCGACGACGCAGAGGACCCGGCCACCACUGCCCUUGCUGCCAAGACGACCGUGCUCGCCAUCGGCCCCACGCCUACAAAGGUCGACGACGUCGGUCGCGCCUACCUCACCAUCUCCAAUGCCGCCAACGAGAAGCAGCAGGCCGGCCUCAAGCAGCCAUAG